AUGAACUUCGAUGUUAUCAAGUUAGAGGUGUUGAAUUUGUCAAAGUCGAAAGUUGACGAUCAAACACUCUAUGUGGUCUCAAAGAGUUGCUAUGGAUUACUACAAUUGAACUUGGAACAGUGUUGUGAUAUCACAGAGAAGGGAGUGAGGCAAAUAGUAGAAAACUGUAUACAACUGAGAGAAAUAAACUUCCGAGAUUGUCUUAAAGUGGUUUCUGAUGUUGGUUUAUGGACUGGGAUGAUGUUUUCUAGGCCAUCAUUGAGAAAGAUAAUAGCUCCCCGUAGUUUUCUUCCCAACGGCAGCCUGUGGGAACUCAUGUUAAGUCAUGGAUGCACUAUUUAUUAG